AUGGAUGAAGAUCAUCACCAUGGGAUCGAAAUUAACCCGAUUCUUAUUAGCCUUGUUGGUGUUCUUUGUGGAGCCAUUUUGGUUGCAACUUUCCAUUGCAUAAUUGUACUUUGUGGGUACCAAUCAAGGGGAUCUACAAACUCACCAAACCCAAACAGAGACCAAAAUCCUGGAAAUAGCCGAGAAAGGACUAGUAGCACUAGAAGCGCACCGGUGACGAGAAUUCCUUCUUGUAGAUAUACCAAACAAUGCAAUGAAGAAACUUGUUCAGUAUGCUUGUCUGAUUUUAAUGAAGGCGAAACAAUUCGAGUAUUACCUGAAUGUUUGCAUUCGUUUCAUGAAGCUUGCAUCGAUAUGUGGCUAAGUUCACACUCUAAUUGUCCGCUUUGUCGGACUAAUUAUAAUUUACCUCUGCAGAAUGUAAAUGUAGUCGUAUUAUUAUCGGAUCUCGAUGGGACUCCACCUCAGGAAUCGCAUCAUGUGUCGGAUUUGGGAGGGUAA